AUGGCUUCCAUUGAUGGUCACAAAAGUGAGACUCCGUUGAAUCAUGUUGAGAUUCCUGUUCAUGCAACUGGUGUAGAGCCAAAACCAAAGGAAGAAGUUGAAGAGAAAAACAAAGACUACUCUCAGAGGGCAAAUUGGUUGCGUGCAGCAGUGUUAGGAGCCAAUGAUGGCUUAGUCUCAGUUGCAUCAUUGAUGAUGGGUGUUGGAGCUGUUAAGGAGAACAUCACAGCCAUGCUUGUUGCUGGUCAAAUUAAAAGGGAGAGAAAAAGUAAAAACAUUGGUGGAGUGAGUGAAGAAGCUCAAAGGGAGAAGUUGCCAAAGCCAUUUCAGGCUGCUCUAGCAUCAGCACUAGCAUUUUCUGCGGGUGCAGUGGUGCCACUGCUAGCAGCUGCAUUCAUAAAGAACCAUAAAAUCAGGCUUGCUAUUGUUGUUGCAGUGGCAAGCCUCACAUUGGUGCUUUUUGGUGGGGUUGGAGCAGUGCUUGGAAAAACUCCUCUCACUAAGUCUUGUCUAAGAGUGCUGAUUGGUGGUUGGAUGGCUAUGACUAUAACAUUUGGCCUCACCAAGUUGUUUGGUUUUGUUGGGAUUUGA